GGCGAAAUAUUUGAGAAGCGUUGAAGCAGAAAAGUUAGAUCGUCGAGCCUCCGUUGUAGCCGAUCUCAGCGAAGUGGAAAGAAACGAAGUCGUUGGACAACGAUCUAGUGGAGUAGGAGGCGAUGUUGAAGAAGAUGAAGAACGAGAAGGAGAAGACGGUGGAUUUUCUGACGGAGAAAAGACGAGAUCCUGCGGAAGACGAGGAAGAGGGAGUUGGCCAAACUGGAAUGUCAGUUGAGAAGUGCUGGUUAGGCUUCGGUCGUUUCCGGCACAACUGGAAGGACCUUAAGGUUGUUAGAUCAUCAAGUAAGAUUGCUAUGCGGGUCAGAGCAGAGAGGCCUUCAUGGUAUCCGGCUGUUAUCGGUGGAGCACUCUAUGUAAGACCCUCUUUCUCAGAUAUCUAUUUUUCUUGGAAAGUUUCCUAUAUUGUGACGAGAUAUUCUACUUCUUCAGAAAGCAUCCAUGACCAGUGCUUCUGUGGUUUUGGAUUACGUUAUGUCUUGAGAAGUAAGGAAAUUUCGCCAGAGCAUAUAUCUCUUGUGCAUUCUCAAGUGUCUUUGAAUAUUUCAGGAAGUGAGGUCAUGAAGAUGUGCAUGCCACUUCUCUCACUUGCGUCAAGAGUUAUCCAUUUCAAAACUUCUGAAGGACAAGCAAUGCAGGCUGGUGAACUUAUAGCCAAGCUUGAUCUUGAUGAUCCUUCUGCUGAAAGAAAGGAAGCUUCCAAACAUAAUUGCCGGCUAUGAACAUAACAUAUAUAAACAUAUCUUCCAGGUUGUUUAAGAGAGACUUAAUCGCCUUGAUAUCUAUAAACUCCUAUUUUUAGUGACAAGAGUACUUUGCAGUUCUGGCGACACGACUACCUAAAGAUCUCAGGAACAUAUAUGGUAAACACUCCAUAAUCCCUUUUCCUUUCCUGCGUUUUUUUCGAGUUUCAAGUUUUUAAUGCGUUUCUUAUAAAGUAUAGGGAAUUUG